AUCUAUAAGUCUUCCAUCUACAACUGAGAUGGUUCGGCGCCGUUUGAUUCAAAUCGAACCUGCCCGCGGUCUACAGCGCCGAGCAACGACUAAAACAGGAAAAUCCAACAACAGCAGCUGGUGAGAAGCAAGCAAGCAAGCAAGAGUCAACUAACGGCAGCGUACUCAUAACAACGAUUGAUUUCACUGACCGAUAUAACACUCGGCCAAAAACAGAGGCACCGGAAAGACGCAGUAAUAAAACGAGAUCAAAUGCAGCUAAAUAAGAUCUACAAUAUACUCAAGAGUGACAAUAGUAGACAUGAGCCUUGAUGGUGGCUGGCUGAUGGGUUACACUGCGGUCGUGAAAGGUGGCAAUGUCUUGUACCAGAAAUCAGUUACUUGGAUUAGAAUGAAAAACAUUCAGCACACGCACAACCAACAGGAUCCACAAUAAACGGGAGAUCUCAACACCGUUGUUUUGUUGCAAGUGUUAUGUGCGUAUGUAGUUUGCCGUGCUAUGUUAGCGAUUAUACUUUCAAUAGUAAUUUCUGCGCUUCCUGUUCGCGUGUGAGUUUUCGUUUGGGUUGUUAGUUGACGUUUGUUGCCGUGGGAAUCGCUGUGCGUUGCUUAACGUUAAUACAACAGCUGCGACGAAGCUUGUGAAUUACGAGUGUGCCGAUCGUGAGCGUAAGUAAGCUCCAUCAAGCGAUACGGUGACAUGUCCGAUCCUGGAUCAUAUAUUCCUGCCAGCCAAAGGCCAGAUGGAACAUGGAGAAAAGCUCGCCGAGUCAAAGAAGGCUACAUUCCCCAAGAUGAGGUGCCUAAGUAUGAGUCGAGAGGGCGGCAACUCGCACGAGCUAUGAAACCUGAGUUUCCCCCAGGAUUGACCCAGGCCGAAAUCGAGAAGCAAAAACGGAAGCAAUGGGAACUUGCCAAUCCGGAAUUAGCUAAAGCACAAAAUGGUAAUAGCAAAAAAAAGAAAAAUAAAAAGAAAUCAAGUCAGCAAGAUAACAACAACAGUUGUUCUAAGGAGAAUAAUGUUGAUGGAGUGCAUGAAAGUCGAAGUAUCGAGGCGCUAGAGGAAGGAAUUCUGACCCUUGGCAUACGAGGGGAUGAGACUUCAGUUGUGACGCUCGACGACAACGGCACCGAGAAGCCAUCCGAUCUUACUAAACGACUGCGCGCAUUGCGGAAGAAAAUUCGGGAGAUCGACUCCCUUCAGGAACGCAUCGACAACGGGGAGUGCCAACCGAAUAAGGAGCAGACAGAUAAGGUCCAGCGGAAAGCGGACAUAGAAAACGAGAUACGGGCACUCGAGAUACAGCAGCAGGAACUCACAGCACAGGCCAGCUAGUUACGGCGGGGCCAAGCGGCUGCAGGAGCCUCUAAAGCUACAAUUGCCGGCCAUUCAAAAAAUCAAUACCACCUGAAUACAACUUUUUGAACUGCAUACAGUCAGCAGUCGCAUGAUCGUCAACACCCUACGCUAUAAAAAUAGGGCACUUGAUUCUGCCGGAAACUGUAACGGAGCGACUUAGUUUUCGUGCUCCCACUGAUCAAAAAAGUAGCCGAACCGGCAAUCACAAUGAGAUAGACCGAUAGCGAUUAUGACUGAUUGUGUCAUGGCAGCAGAGACGUUUUAUUGGAUCACCAAAAUGAAAGAUCUCUGGGUUUAUGUACAGGGUGAGCCCUGUGGCGUUUGUAAAUGAACGGGAAAUCACCUCGAAUAUGCUAAAUCGGACGGGGUGCUUUUCAGAUGGGAUGCAAUAAAUGCCAUAAAGAAGAGCUAUACAAGAGGGUGGG